AUGAGCGACGCGCUGGACGGACUGCACUGCACUCCCAGGCGCCUGGCGGAGAAAGAGGACAGCUUUGGGAGAGGUACCGCCUUUGUCCCCCGGCUUACCACCAGCGCUCCCCGGAACAGGUCCGCAGGCAAGAGAAGCAAUGAAGAGGAUGAUGACUCCUACUCUGCAGUCCCUAACCUCUCUCCAGAGAUAAUCCACUCCAAUUUCUCCCCUACCGUCUCUGAAGGCCUUUUACCCUGGACCAAAAACAGUUGUACUCAGGUAAUCAAAGUGUACAAUGAAGACGAGAGCAGCCGGGCCGUUGAGGUGCCCAGCGACAUCACCACCCGCGAUGUCUGCCAGCUGUUUGUGCUGAAGAACCACUGCAUUGAUGACCACAGCUGGACCCUGUUUGAACACCUGUCCCACCUGGGCAUAGAGCGGACGAUAGAGGACCACGAGUUGGUGAUGAUUGUGCUGUCAGGUUGGGGAAUGGAGUCGGAUAGUCGCCUUUACUUCAGGAAGAAUUACGCAAAAUAUGAAUUCUUCAGGAAUCCGCUGGAUUUUUUCCCCAAUCACAUGGUCUCUUUAUCCAGCGAAACCAAUGGCCUGGUGGAUCACUCGCAGCUCAUAGAGACUUUUCUAAACUCCAGCACAUGUCCAGAGAUCCACGGACACCUCCACGCAAAAGAGCACAGCCGCAAGUCGUGGAAGAAGUUAUAUUUUGUGCUCAGGAGGUCGGGCCUGUAUGUCUCUAAUAAAGGCACAUCAAAGGAGCCACGGCAUCUCCAGUUCAUUGCAGACUUUAAAGACAGUGAUGUGUACUCUGUGUUGUCCGCCAGGAAGGUGCACGGAGCGCCCACAGACUACGCAUUCUGUGUCAAGUCUUCGAAGGCCAGCUGUGUGAGAGAGCUCCGUCUUCUGUGCGCAGAUGACGAGUCCACGCGGACAUGCUGGAUCACUGCCAUGAGGCUCCUGAAGUAUGGGAUGCAACUCUAUCAGAACUUUCUUCAGCCACACCAGAAGCAAAAAGCUUCUCCCAUGAGGAGCAUAUCGGAGAACUCGCUAGUGGCCAUGGACUUCUCUGGACAGAAGAGCCGCGUGAUUGAGAACCCGUCUGAGGCGCUGUCUGUGGCUGUGGAGGAGGGUCUGUCCUGGAGGAAGAAAAGCUGUCACCGUCUCAGUGGGCAUGGCAGUCCCUCCUCCUCCGUUUGCAGCUUAGCUCUGCACAUGGCUCAGCCCUGGUUCCACAGUAAACUGUCCAGAGAAGAAGCUCAGAGGCUCAUCACACAACAGGGACUUAUCGACGGUGUGUUUCUCCUACGAGACAGCCUCAGCAACCCCAAGACCUUCGUCCUGUCGCUGUGCUACCAGUUGAAAAUCAAACACUUCCAGAUCCUCCCUGUCGACGAAGAAGGCGACCUCUUUUACAGCCUGGAUGACGCACAUACCAAAUUCUCCGACCUGAUUCAGCUGGUGGAGUUCUACCAGCUCAACCGUGGGGUGCUGCCUUGUAAACUUAAACACCAUUGUGCCCGCGUGACCCUCUGA